AUGGACCUGGAAGCAAGAAGCCAGUGCCCAGCUGUCACUUGCCAAACAACCUUGUUACGAAACGGAGCCUGCUGGAUCCGGGAGCCGGGCUUCAGCCGCAAGAGCCGCGCCCUUGAGAAAGGGAAGGAUUGCUUGCCCCCCAAAGGCUUCCUUGGAAACGCCAAAGGCCAGAGCCCGUCCGGGCGGACCCCGGGGGUGGCUGGAGACACCUCGGAGCAGGUCGCCACCUUCCCACCGCCCACGCCUGGCCGCCAGCAGCCCAAGCGGCGGCUGAGGAAGCCGAUCUUCGAGAGACGGGGAAGCCCCACGUCGGCACCACUGAACGGCCACUGCCAGGCUUCUACCGAAAAGCUACCACUUCGCAUCACCCGUUACCAUUACGUGUCCAGGAUGGACGUGGCAGACGCGGUGGCCAUAAAGCCUGCUGUCAGUUGUCACACCCGCUCCGCCUUGGUCAGCUUCCAGCUAACGGUCUACACAAGGCCCCAGCAGACAGCUGUCUGCAAGGGAUCCCUGCAGCUGGCCGUCCGUGGGAAGCACCAGCACAAAGAUGUGUUUGCCAACGUGAACGGGCAAGGGAAGCGGUGGGGGACCGUGUGGAAGGCCGGUGAGCCCCAGGUCCUGUCGGCGAAGGCCUGGACCAGCCACUGCCUCCCCCCCCACCUCCUCCCCGUUCGGCCCGCGGGGACUGAGCGGAGGCCAUCCGCACGCAGGCCGGUCUGGUCCACUUGGGGGACGCACGGCCCGCGCCCCGCUCUGCGCUACGAAGAGGCCGGCCCAGGUGACCGCGCGCGUGUCCCCAGGCUCCGGCCGGGAGCCGCGGGCCGAAGGGAGGGCGGCGUGGCAGCGCCGGCGGCCCGGGUCCUCCCGGGGGUGGCGUGCGCGGCUCUCACCUCCACCUUCCCGGGUCCCCUCGGCCUCGCCGUGGAAGGCGCCCCGCGUGGCCUCGGGUCCGGUCGCCUGCCCCGCGCCGUCCCGCGUGUCCCUGCGGGACCCGGAUCCCGGGCGCCUUCCUCGCGGACUGCCAGGAGGGCCCAGAGACCGCCUCUGGCACGACGCGAAGCCUUGCUGUCACUUGGGGAGGAAGGAGAAGGAGCCAGGCCGCUGGCAGGAGCGCAGGCAGCGGCAGAGCCGCCGGUGCCUUUAGAGCGAGUCGGCGUGGACACGCACGUUUCAAGGAGCCGGGGCGUCCUGCGAGGCCGAGCGCAGAGAAAGGCCUGGGGCCGGGCUUGCGCCCGAGGGUCUCUCGGAAGGAGCUGGCGGCGCCGGCCGGGCCGCCUGGCAGCCUCGGUCGGCCCUGGGCUCUCGGGCGGGGCGCGGGGAGGCCGGGGAGCGGCGCGGGCCCGGGAGUCGUGCGCGCGGGCGGCGAGGGGGCGCUGUGGCCCGUGGCUGCGGCCUGGUCCCUGCAGCGGUGGCCCCGGCGCAGUCCCUGGCCACUGAACGGCGGUGGGCGCUCUCGCCCCGGCCCGGCCUACGUCUGCCCGCGUCGCUUUAACUUGGGGAAGAAGGAAAACUAGGCCGGGCGUUUCGAUGAACCGAAGCCGCGCACGAACUUGCUUCACUCUGUCUCACUGCCGGGUAAUGGGCGCAGUUUGUGGGGUUGGUGGCAACACUUACAAAAUGGAACGUGUAAUGGGGGGGGGUCGAUUAAGGUGAACGUAUACAUUUCCCCCCAGGGCUGUGACUUUCGCCACAUCGGCGUGGGCGCGUCAGGGCACCUGCCCAGCGUGUUCCGAAUCCCGGGUCGCUGCUGGCCCACGACUUCCUGGGGCCCUGCAGCAAACGCAGCCAGAAGGAGUCGGGGGUCACGAAGUUCGGAUCUGCAACUUCCUUUGUUUCCGUCUCCCUCUGUUUCUCGCAAAGCAGCGCUGGCCGCCGUGAA